AUGGAUAUCAGAGAAAUUCAACGAGCCUCAGGAAUUGAGGUUCCUCCCUCCAUGCACUCCACGUCGCAGAGCGCGAAGCGAGGACGAGUCGAUGAUGAUGAGUCCCAAGCCAAAAAGUCAAGAGACGACCCUCACAACCAAUCACCACCUGCUAGAGGCUACACUCCGAGUUUCCGCGGUAAGAACAAAAGAGGCCGUGGACGUGGUAGAGGACGUGGCGCUGGCAGAGGCUCGGCCUUCCGGGCAAACAGAGGCACGCAACGGGAACAUGGCCAAGACAACAUCAAUCGGCCCAACCAACCGCGUCGGCUCUUUGCUGGAAUAGGAAUCGAUGAUGGACGGGCGUCAUCCUCGACCAAUGACGCCGAAAGGAACACCAAAAUUGUGAGGAUCGAAGACAUUAGGCACUAUCCAGAGAAUAUCCCCAUGGUAGAAGAACUUUUCGACGAGCGGGGAAAAUUCCUCAGAAAGGAAAACGGGCACAAUUACAUCGCCAGCUCGGCUAAGGAACUUCUCACAUACGAAUACACCAUGGACAAGAUGAUCAUAUUCAAAAAGGUCAAGUUUCACGAAGAGCGCUUUUACGAGGACAUCAUCGCGAAUGGAAGAUUCCCACGAACUGGAAUCAUGCUCGACAUGGACUGGAUCCCCCCAAGCUGGAAGAAUAUGGAGUAUGACCUUCAUAUAAUCACAUCGGUCACAGUAUUCGUGAUGCAAGACACACUCGACAAAUUGUGCAUCCCAAUGAAAGAUAUCAAAUCCAUGAUAGUCAUCAAAGAGGACGGUUCACUAGUACCCCUCAACUCAGGGGCGCUAACAGAAAACAAGAAGGCAACUGUAAGGGGCAUACAGUUCUACUCUACAGUCUCCGCGCUGAAGAUGAUAACGCUGGCCAACGAGUGCCUGUCGCCGGUAGACCCCUUCUACGGCUGCAAUAAGAUACCUAGAAUGGCGAUGUUCUGGUGCUCCACAGAGCGCAAAGACAGAUUGGGGCACUCGGCAAUGGUUGCCACUCCCAAUUGUGGAAAGACGAUCAUCGAAGUUCUAUGCGCCGUCCUGAAACGCUACAUGUACUACAUUCGGAAAUGCGGAGAAUUCUACACCUUUCACAGCAAGAGCAACGUCAUCAACGUUCUCCCGCUACGAACUAUCUUCGACCUGUCACUCAAGGAAAUGGAGGAUGAGAAAUUCUCUCCCUCGUAUGACAGGUUCAAGGAUUGGAUGAACCUCUACAAACCCUACGUGUUCGACAGAAGAUGCGCGGCCAUGUCAGUGUCCAUUGAGAGAUUCCAUCAUCAAAUGACCAAAACGGUACUCGCAAUGCAAGAAUACCAUCUGGGCCGUGGCAACUCGCACUGGUUUACUAUGUCCACCGACGACGCGUUCAAGAUGAAGGUGAAGGAUCAACAAGAGAUCGCCAACGUCACGGAGGGAAAGAUUACGAUCGCCGAUGUUGGUGCCAACCCUGACAUUGGCAUGUUUCGACCUGAGAUCGCCAAAAGAAAAGGGGUAUUUAUGAACGAUCUUGACAGGGUACGAGACGAACCAAGAGCGUGUGACAGCAUCAAGCACAUGGCCGGCGGCUCAGUUCAGGAGGUAUCCGACGAACUCAAAAGAGUGGUCGAACAAACAAAGGACCAAGAGGAGGCUAUCUCCAACGUCAUGCUUUUCAGUCACUCCAACAACCGACAAGCCCUGAACUUUAUGAUCGAGAUGCAAGCUAUUAACACCAAACACGCAACUACGGUAGAGGAGAAGAGUGAAAAGCAAAAUCUACUCGCCAAAAUGCAAAUCUAUCGAAAAGAGCACAAGCUCCUAUUCGACACCGACCCAACGUUGCUGGGAACUGUUAAAAGAAGUGUCGGGGAGCAGAUAGAAUGGGGCGUAAAUACGAGGAACGCGAACGGCGAUAAAUACCGGGUGCCAAUUGCUGAAUACCUCAAGGAUGGACAAGGCGAUCAAACGACGAAAAUCGCGACUAUCAAGACGAAGGACCCGGAGUAUAAAUUCAACAUUGCUGAAUUCUACAUGCAAGCCGGAAGUGAAGUCGCCCAGAAGUACAUCCCUCCUGUCAAGGAAGAUGCGAGGGUUCAACCGAUGGAUGAUGAUGAAGCACCAUCCUCCGUCCAAAACAUUAGCCAUCCCUUAGAUAAAUGUCAGAAUGAUGGUACAUCGUCUAUGGGCAGGGAGAGCAAAGGAGAGGACACAGAUCUGGAAUCGCUCCUAGAUGAAGAUGAAAAGAAGAAAUCUCUGGAAGCAGCGAAGCUCACCGAGCCCAAACAAUACCUGAUUAAACAAAUGAUGAAAGCAGCGAAUGUGAGGAUGUCAGCCUUCACGGACGAUGAUGCCUCUGAGGUAUCGGUCUUCUGCAGCGCAGUCAGCCCGCCGGAUGUGGCCAACGUAGCUGAAGUGGUGACUCCGAACCUAGUACAAAUUUCAAAGAUAGACAAAGGAAAGCCAGUGGACAAGGAAGUCAUCGAAAACACCGGGUCUAUCGUAAGCAAUGCUAAGGCAAAAUGGAACGCCAUCUCACCCGCCGAGGAAGAAUCGUCAUGGAGGAACACGGUCGCUGUCUAUAGAUCCGCGGAUGAAUUCCUGGAGAAAGAGAACCUUCAAUCGUACCCCGACCCUGAGGCGUUCACGAAGGCUCAGACAUUGGCGGAGUGUGCAAGGACUGACCUGGAAAACACGAUUAGGAGAUACAUACAGUCUAGCAACAAAAAUGACAUUAACACGGCCUGUCGGAAAUGGCAAUCCCUGAUUUACGGACUAAGGGGAUCUCUGAUUAAUCGAUUGGAGAAACUCAUCAACUGCGCGGAGGGCGAGUCUGCAGCCUCUUUAGGCCUAAACGACCCGGAAAAGCUCAAAGAAUGGAACGGUUUCCUGAGAGCAAACCGGAACUUCAGGGAGGUGUUACACGACCCUGAGAAGCUAACCGUGCUUCAUUGCUGCGACCCGGACGUCCUAUCUCAAGACAUGCCAGUCCCCAAAUCACUAGCGAUCUACAACUAUGUGAAACUGGCUGGAAUGGAGAUGAACAUCGACUGCACAAAGACGUGUGCCAACAUCGUCAUGAGCCAGCUGGUCGCGCUUGGACUAAUCGUCACUAGCAGAAGAACUCACGCUGCAGUAUACAAUCCGGGCGAGCUGCCGGGACAACAUCUUCUUAAAUCGAAGCCCAUCUUUGUUAGAGUAAUUAAGGUAGGCCCAGAUUUUACACACAAAAGGUGGUUAAUGGCCAAAGAGUUUGUAAGGACAGUUGCAAUUAAGGAGUACAAGCAAGAACUUGACUUCACUAUAGACGACGUCCCCGACCUAGCCAUGAAUGAGCCACUUUUUCAGCUGUUUAUAAAUGAAUUCUGGAGGAAGGUGGUGGCUAACAACCUCACGCUGGGGUUUAGAAUCUGGAUGAGGAAGCAUGACUAUCUAACAUCAUGCUCUUUUAGGGGUCUCACUAACGAAGAUGACUCAAACUGUACAGACGGACUACCAGACCUCCCCCAUCCCCCACUCACCAUCACCUUCAAACAAUUCAAGAACCUGUGCGAGAUACAAAGAAUGAAGAACAAAACACACAAGGUAAAUGAUAUCAUUAGAAGUGGAGAGGUACCCAAAAUGCCAAUUAGUCAUGAUAUUCCAUCCCCCCAUGUAUUUGCCAAAGGGAGAGGCCUAGAAGGAGUAUUACCUGCGGCUGAGAAUCUCCCCAAACUUAAACGAUCGAGUAAAAACAUCAUCCCAACUGAAGGGGAUCUAGAGAAAGCCGUGACAGAACAUAAUGAAAAGGUUGUCUCUGCUGCAGACAACCUAACAGUUGUAUGCGCCAAUCUUGGAAAGUGCUCCACGCUGGACAAGAUUAAAAAACUGGUCAGAAGGCACCGAGGAGCCCACAUCUUCACGGUGGCAGAGUUGUUUAUCGAAAGAGAUAUGGCGUUAGACAGAGAUAAUUGGCCCGACGGAUAUCGUAUACUGGCAGGCCAAGGGUCGACUGAUGGGAAAAACCAAUGCUUUUCCUUGAUAGUAAUUAGGUCUAACAUAAAGGUUCUAAGGACAAUCAACUGUCUACAUCAAAACGCUGGGGCGCUAUUGGACGUCAACGGCAUCGAGAUCUACAUAUUCUCAGUAUACAACUUCUGCAACUCAGCCUUCGAUGGGUACAAGAACAAGUUCGGCGUCAGCAGAGAUGUCCUAUACGAAGACCUCAACAAAAUGAGGAUGAUGAGCACCGACCAUCCUGCUAUAAUCGCAGGUGACUUUAAUGUACAAGUCAAUAAUCCUAGGUGUCAUGAGAGGAGUCAAGCGGACAAGAUCCAGGCAGCAAUGGACGGGUUCGAAAGGCUCACUAACUUCGUUACAUUCAGGAGAGACUGUAAGAAUGGGCGCACGAUGGAGAGCUGUAUCGAUCAUAUCUACUUCUCACCCGGGAAAAUCGACACCAACGAGAUCUCCUGCAAGCCUGCCGAUCACAGGACAUCACUCGGGUCAGACGGUCACUGCGGAGUCAUCUGCGAAAUCCCAAUCAGAGCUCCCGAAGGCAAAAUAUGGAAACUCUGGAAGGUACCGGACCAGAAGGAGAAAGAUGAAUGUUAUAAAAUAGGUAUGAAAAUGAUGCUAAAUAAUAUCGAAAAACUAGAUAGGAUGAAAGGCGACAUGGAUGAGGUCCAGCUAAGGCAUGAAAUUUUGGUGCAAUAUGCUCAGAAAACUCGGCCACUAGUCGACAAAAUUAAGGUAACAGAUCCUUAUAAAAUUGUGCAAUCAAAAGCUACCAAAGAAUGGCUGCAAGCUGGCUUCUACAUCGAAAACCUCAUAAAACAGAGCAAGAUCGACGAAGUGCCACGAAGAUGGUGGAUCAGCAUCGUCGACCUGUGGAAUGAAAUAAAGAAGAUGAUUGUGAAACUGAAGUGCGCGGACCGUAGAUACCAUCUUGCAAGAAAGUGUGACCCCGAGGAGCUAUCUCUAACCGACUCUUGGGGCCUCUUUGGGCGCGAAAUCAAGACAGCGAAUGCACUCAGCAUAGACGGCACGCCAAACCAGAUUGCCGAAGAAUUCGUACAAUUACAGAGAAACACGAGUCCGGAGCUAGAAGGUUGUGUCGGAGACAAAGACGACCGCCUAACCACGUUACCAAAAGUAUGUAUAGAAAGAUUCCGCGUGCACCCAUGCGGAAAACUGCCAGCACUGGUAACAGUGUAUAAAAAGUCCAAAAAAGCGACAUGUGAUGUCUUUAAUAUUAAUAAGACUUGUCUAGAAACGCUGCCGCUCAUAGGAGUACUGACGCUGGUCAUCAUGCCUGUAAUGCUUGCUCUUCGAAACGAUCCCGCUGAAGAUAACUCUACCUGCGCCGAUGGGGCACAAACGAUGUGCAACUGCGAUCAUCAUCCGGGUGGACGAACGAGCUGCCUCGAAAACGGUUUGAUCCUUGGCGAAAGAAAGGACGACAAUGACAUUAGCGUUAUAGCCGGACAGAAAGCCGCCUUCGCGGACGAUCUGGCUGCAUUGAUCAUCGCGCCAAACUCAACGGAAGCCGCCGUAUCCCUGACAUCCACGAUCAGCCGAGCUACUAAGGAGAUCAAUGAAAAAGGGCUCAAGGUCGCUGAAACGAAGACAGAAUGCUUCUUUGUCAAAAUAAUCAAGCUGGACCAGCGAUUGGAAAUGGUGAAGGCCAUGACGAAACCGGACUAUGCCCAUGACUAUGCAGUAUUCUACCCCAGCUCCGGCAAAGUGAAAACGAUCUCUCAGGCCAUGAUUAGGUCAGAAGGGUUAAUCGAGAGGAUGAACAUCAAGCAUGCUCUUCCUACCUUUUGGGGCGACGAUGCUGAGCGAAGAAACCGCGUUAUUAAUGACUAUAAGAUGCCUGGCCACCUGAUGGGACUAUGCAACAAGUACUUCGCGGCAUACGCGUCUCACUUCGGCAACUCCAAAGCCCAAUUCAGGGCGUGGAUGGGAUUGAGUGCGCCGGUGCUUGGAGAAGAUGCCCGUAGAAAGCGAAUUGCGGUUCAAACUGCCUGGGAAAGAAUCGCGAGUAAAGACAAAUCCUCGUGGGGUCUAACAUCCAUCAACCUAAUGGAGACCAGUGAUCUACUCCGAAGCGACGAAGAUAGGAUGGCGAGACGAUUGUUUGGCUCCUACUCGCUCGGCGGUGCAAACAGCCAAGAAACGAGCGCUGGCUUGGACCGCAAGCUGGAAUCGGUUGCUGCUAGAGCGAUUUUCUUUGAAUAUUUCCUACUACCGGGAUGUGCCAGCAUCAUCCUCAACGAUGUCAACGGACAAGCUGGCGCAUGGACUGCAGCCAGAAUGUCUGAAUUAGCCCUGAGAAACAGGGACAGUAUCCUCACCAACCCGGCAACUGUGGAGAAGCUCAAUAAAGUCCUGGAAGUAGCCAAUGUCCUCAAUGAAGCGGACAUACGAACGACGAUCGGGGAAAGGCACCACCUCGCGGGUAUCGCCGUGAGUCUAGUCAACCACCCGAGCAAAUUUGAAAUUGAAGCGCUGAAGUCCGAAAUUCCCAGAAUCAUUGCGAAGUUCAGCCAAGGUGAUGAUCAUGAAGCCCUGCUCAACUUCGCGAAUAACAGUGACGUCGGCGGAGCGAUCAUCGAACUCAACGGCAAUCUGGAGAAAGUUUGCUUUGGUCUUGGAACGGAAACGAUGAAUGAAGCACGCAAGGUAGUGAGGUCCUCUUUUGGGGCUACGAUGACGAUGAUGCUGAAUGACCUUGCUCUACACGCCAUCAGCUCAUUCUGCGAAUUCUGCUCGUGCAAGAAAGACCAGAGUACGACAGCGAAGGCGAAGCUACAGGAUAGAGUCGAAAACUGCUCGGAUCUACUCAGACGGUUCGUCACAAUCGCGACUGAAGUUGGAAACAAACGUAAGUCAGGCCAUAGCAGGAUGGACACCAGAGCAUUCAUGGAAGGACUGAUGCGAUUAGAUCCAAUCACCAUCAGGCAACGCAGCGUAUACGAUCAUUUCCAAUGCAUCAUCAAGAGCAGAGGCUUCCAUAGACUUAGACCCAGAUGCCCGGCACCGCAUAUCAUGUGGAGAAACAGGGCCUUUGGCAGCCUGAUCCAUCUAGAAUUUUGCGAAGCCCUGCUGGUGCUUACGCAGCUUCUCUGCAAAAGCACUGGUCCGGGCUCUCUUUCCAUUGUGGACCGGACGCAGAGAACAAGCUGCCUGCUAUUUGCUGCAAUAAUAGGACAGAUAAACGACAUCAUCUGCAGCAUGACAACCGCGCUCGGGACGCAGAAUCUAACAGUGGACUUCUACGAAAUGUCCAUGACUGCCGGAAAAAUGGCAGAAAUUACGAAUCUUAAAGCCAGAGACGAAAUUGUACUUGCAGGGAGCAGAACAACGCUCAUGCACAGUGGUUUCUUCACUUGCGAGAUCAGAAAUAUGGAAGAAAGGGAAAAACGGGAGAUCUCCUCGCUCAUGGCAAGGCAGGAACGAGCACUCUCAGCGUUGAGGGCAAAUGCGGUGGCGCAAGCUGAAUUUGUUAACACUAAUUUUGAAGGACACACACCGCAGCUCAUCUCCAACUUUGACUCCGAUCACAAGCAAUGUCCGAUGAUCUCCAUGGUUCGCAUAAACGAAACAAACCCAGGAGAGGGCAUCGAAUACACACUGCGCGAAUCAAUCCACGCUGCCAGGAUCCGAGCAAUAAUCAACUGUCGCAAGCGAAGGGGCGAACAUAUCCCACUCCCAGUAAGAGUCUGGGCUCACGAAAACGAAACCACUGAAGAAGAAGAGGUGGAAAUGCCUCAAUUGUCAUUAAUCGACGACGAGGAUGUGACUCGAUCAUCGUCAAUGCUAAAAGGUCCGAUUUGCCGACGUGACAGCAAAGCCGGACGAGGAUAA